AUGCUUUUGAAAUACCACUCGUUAUCAUUAUCACAAGAUUUAGGAUUCUAUAAAUUAUCUCGAUGUGCCGCUUCUCGUUCAUUUCUAGUUUUCAAUCUUCGAGCAAGGAUGAGCUCUUCAGGAGCCGAAGUCAUUGCCGCACGCCUUCCAAAAGGAAAGAUAAUCGGUCGUCGGUGGAAAAUACUCAAAGUUCUUGGCAGAGGGUCUUUCGGCGCUGUGUAUAAAGUAGAGGAUGUGAACACAAACGAACUAGCCGCAUUGAAAGCUGAAAGUGGUGACUCCAACGUGUUAAAACUUGAAGCAUAUAUUUUGAAACGUCUCGCCAAUUUCCCUGUAUUUGUCGAGAUUCUGCAAUCGGGCAAAAAGGAGUUCUAUUCUUAUGUUGUGAUGACAUUACUUGGCCCAAGCUUGGAAGCACUGAUUGGAUCUGUGGGGAAAGUGUGCACCGUCUCUACGCAGGUAAGAGUUGGAAUCAAUGCAUUAUAUGCAGUUAAAGCUCUCCAUGAUAUGGGUUUUAUACACCGCGAUCUUAAGCCUGCUAACAUGGCUCUGGGAGCCGGUGAUAGUGACCGCUCCCGUCUUAUACACUUAUUCGACUUUGGCUUAGCAAGAGAAUACGUGGUUCGGGGGGAAAACGGUCGGGCAAAGUUGCGCAGACCAAGACCAGUCGUACGAUUUAGAGGUACAAUGCGAUAUUGUUCAGUAAAUACGCAGGAAAGAGGUGAACAAGGUCGGAUGGAUGAUCUGUGGAGCUUGCUGUACAUAUUGGUGGAAAUGAGGGGGCAGUUGCCGUGGGCCUUUGCAACAGAUCCACAGGAAAUUCUGCACUUCAAGAAAAAUACACCAGCUGAAUUCCUUCUGGAAAACUGUCCAGUACAAUUUAUCAAUUUUCAUAAACAUAUAGACACUCUCAACUAUUAUUGCCGACCUAACUAUACACUUCUUUUUACCCUAUUAGAAAAUAUACGAACUGCAGGCUUCAUAAGAUAUUCUGAUCCAUACGAUUGGGAAUUUGAGAAGCUUUUGUCCAGAAGGAUGCGAUCAUCUUCUGAGAAGAACGCAUUGCCAAUAGGCCGUACUAAUGCAACCCAGUCCUCCAUCAGCUUGCCACAUGCAAGGAAGGCCCAUUGCAGAAAAAUAGCUUCCGAUGACAGCCCUUUUCCUGCACGAUAUUUCGCAACAAAUCCUCUUGGUUUCUAA